CUGCAGGAACAGAAACAGAAAGGAGCACAGCACCAAAGGAAAAGAGCAGUGCCGGAGAGCUCACGGGGAGAGGAGAAGCCAUGCACAAGAAAAAGCUGAGAGGCAUGUAUAUAUCUAAGAAGGCAUUAAAGCAUAAUUUUGACCCUUAUAAUUAUCCAUGGGACACAUACCUGCUAGUCGAACUGCAGUGGGGUGAGACUGGCAGGCCUUGGAUACACUGGGUCAAAAAUGAUCGUGGACUCCAUGCUGAAGUCUACUUCCUGGAGAAGAUCUUCAUGAUGAAAAGAUCGAAUAAUUAUGUCAACUGUUCCAUCACCUGGUACUUGUCCUGGAGCCCUUGUGAGGACUGCUGCUAUAAAAUACUGAAUUUCUUAAUGAAGCACUCAAAUGUGAACAUAGACAUAUAUGUAGCACGGCUUUAUUACAGAGAAGAUGAAAAAACCCGCCAAGGUCUGAAGAACCUUGUGAACUUGGCGAAAGUAACCAUUGCUGUCAUGGAAAUUGAAGCCUAUACUUACUGUUGGAAAACCUUUAUACAAGGAGAUGAUGAUGAUGAUGAUUCCUGGACUAUGGGCUUUCAACCAGAGAUAACUAAGAAUCGUUUGAAGCUCAAGGAGAUCUUUGAGGGUCCUCCAUUCAUAAAAUCAUAGAAUUAUAGAAUAUCUCA